UAAAUAAAAUGUAUCCUGUCAAUUGCCGCAUGUGUGUCUCUCUCAAAAACGUUGGUAUGAAUGUGAAUGAACUUAAUCCUGAUGGGAGGACGUCUCCCUUUAAGCUGACCCGGGUGUCAGUGUGUGAAGGGGCGAAUUAUUAGUUGUAGUGUGAAAACCGCUUUAGAAACAUCCAUUUAACAUUAUUAUCUGAGUUCAGCAUCCUCUGGCUGUUGUGGUCAUGUGUAAUUUGACUGGGAAUUCCGGGUAAAUUGCGAAAUCUUGACUGUUUUUAUUUACUCGUGUUGUGUGAAUCCUAAAUGAGAAACCUUAAACCUCAUGUCACACUUCCAUGUCGCAUGCUGAAUGUGAAUGAAUGAAAACAGUUUUGAUUCUGUGACAUUGUCACAUUGGUUGGAAACAAGUGACAUUUAGAUUAUAUUUCCUUGUGGCAUUGCUAAUUUUAGUCAAAUAAAACUUUCUCUUUCACUGGAAGUUUCUUCCUGUUAGUGAAAAUAAGGGGCUUUAUUUUGAAGGAAUGCGAUGGUCAACAGGAAGUAACACGUCUCUUGCUGAAAAGGGAACAGAGGCUGAUGUCAUAAGACCCAGACUGUCACAGGUACGGCAUCAAAUCAUCCGCAGGUGUUCGGUGGACUGUGAAGAUGGCCGUUGUCACCGUGCCGACCGGCGGAAGAAGCGCAUUUUCAUCACCUCACCACCUCUUGAAGGCCUUUUGCUUCGGGGCGCAGACACACACCAGUGUCACCACAGCUCUUGGGACCAUGCAGAUCAUGGCGGGCCUGUUCAACAUCGGACUCGGGCCGGGACGAACCAGCACAGGUUCUGGGGAUUUGAGCAGCUUGGGUGCUGCUUACUGGCUGGGCUCUGUGUUCGUUGUAACUGGAAUCAUGUCCAUUUUGGCCGGACAGUUCCCGUCCUCCUGCUUGGUGGGCUUCACUGUUUUCAUGAACAUUGCGGGCGCCAUCUUUGCCGUCACCGGCGCCGUGCUGUACGCGCUGGACCUGAGAAAGGCCUCAGUCCUCUGGAUGUGUGAGCGCAGCAGCAAAAAUGCUGAUUUUUAUGAAGACAACUGCACAAAAGUGGCGCUCUUGGUCCAGACUCUGUUGACGUCCAUGGACACCACGUUGGUCGCCGCGGCCGUUCUUCACCUCUUUGGCGAUAUUAGAUUCGCUAUUCUGGGCAUCGAGGCUCUGGUCAGCGGGAUAAAGGAGGAAGACGUGUGGACCAAGAAGACAAUAAACAAAAUGUACAGAGUCAACAUGAUUUAGAGAAUAUUCAGAAAGGUGAAGCAAACUGGCGUAAAAUCGUGGCUGUGAUCCAUAUUUGUUGAAUUUGAUUCAGUAAAAGUCAACUAAAGUAAAUCUUUAUUUUGUUUUUUCUUAGUGAAAGUCUAACUUCAAACGGGGUGAUUUUGAAGAUCAGCAGUAAUUCAAGGCUCAUUAACCACCUUUUGAAAGUCAUCUUGUUUGAAUAAAAUACGUAAUAUAAAAGAAGAA